CCACCCUUCAAAUAUUUCAGUGAAUGACUUUGUCGAUCGUGGACGUGUAUUUUCAAUUUCUUCCCUUCUGCUCCUUUUUGGUCGUCGUAAACGAAUCGAGAUAGAAAAUGGCUUCCACUUUUGGUUUUAUAACUAUCUUAGGCGCUUGUCUACUUGUUACAGUUACGGCUUUAAAUUGUUAUACAUGUAACAACUGUGCCAAGACAGCGACCAACCUCCAGCAGACCAGCCGUCUUUGUCCCGCCGGAGUGAUGGGCAUGGCUAUCCCUCAGUGCUAUCAUGAAAUGACAAGCAUGGGCACAUUAAACCGGGGUUGCACAAACCGCUCCGACUGCACCUCCCGAUCCACCCAGCGUAUGGAACGUCAAUGUGGUCCCGGAGUACAGCCCCCUUGCUUCGCUUGCUGUGAAACCGACAACUGUAACGUUGGAAACGGCGCCGCCAUGACAACGGUAUCCAUGGCUACGUUCCUUCUCCUUCUCGUCCCAUCCAUCCUCUCCAUGUUUGUCAGCUGGUAGAAAAAAAUUCUUUUGAAGAGGAAAACCGGACGAACAGGGAAAUAUUCCUGUUAAGGGACGGACUGCAUGCAAACACAUGGGCGGGGGGAUAACAAUUUUUUUUAAGAGCCGGUAGGAGUGUAAAUAAUUAUUAAUCGUCAGACUAUUCGCUUUGUAUUGUUUCUAGAUUUAUACUUGUUGUAAAGUGUGUAGCAUUGUUGUUUGCAAAAAAGUAUUACCAUGAAAAGGCAAUGGACAACGAUAGACAGCAGGAACGCAAUACUUGGAUCGUGUCAUGUGAGUGUCUUCCGAGGAUAUGUUUCUUCAUUAGGGAUGUCUUUUCUAUUCUCCCAAACCAUUUAACUUUCCCCCGUUGUCUAUCUCACUAUCUCCCCCCCUCUCUCUCUCUCUCUCUCUUGCUCCCCCUCCUCUCUCUCUCUUUCUAUUUUAUAAUGGAAAAAUUGACCUAUAUGUACCCUCGGGUCAACGUCACUUACUAGUCAAAUUUUUUGUUGUUGAUACUUCGUAAAAUGGUUCUAUGAUCUUUGUAAAGCAUUAUCAUU